GAACUCUAGUGUAGUGACUAGUGAGUAGUCUGUGAACUACUAAGUACUUGUGGUUUUCUUUUAUUUUAAUAUCUCGAAAUCUCAAAUCACACGAAAAACUAAAUAUAAAUUAUAUGAAACAGUAAAUACUUAUUAAACAAGUAUCAAAACCAUUGGUGCUAUUUAUAGUGUAUUAAGUGAACGUACAUGUAUAAUCAUUAAACUACGGGGUUUAAAAAUAUUAAGGAACAUAAUGAGUUUUUUAUUCGGUAGUCGGUCUAAUAAGACAUUUAAACCCAAAAAGAACAUACCCGAGGGCACACACCAAUAUGACCUAAUGCGACACGCAGCCGCGACACUAGGGUCUGGUAAUUUGCGGCUAGCUGUUAUGCUCCCAGAAGGCGAGGACCUCAAUGAGUGGGUCGCAGUAAACACUGUGGAUUUUUUUAAUCAAAUAAAUAUGCUAUAUGGAACAAUAACGGAGUUCUGUACUGAAGAAUCAUGUGCAGUAAUGUCAGCGGGGCCUAAAUAUGAAUACCAUUGGGCAGAUGGUCACACUGUGAAAAAGCCUAUCAAGUGUUCUGCACCUAAAUACAUUGACUACCUUAUGACAUGGGCACAAGAUCAACUUGAUGAUGAAACAUUGUUCCCAUCUAAAAUAGGUGUGCCAUUUCCUAAGAACUUUCUAUCAAUGGCCAAAACGAUCCUGAAACGUUUGUUUCGCGUUUACGCCCAUAUCUACCACCAGCACUUUCCACAAGUUGUGCAGCUAGGUGAAGAGGCUCACCUUAACACUUCAUUUAAGCACUUUAUUUUCUUUGUUCAGGAAUUUAAUCUGAUUGAGCGGCGAGAGCUGGCACCCCUGCAGGAACUCAUUGAAAAGCUUACGGCCAAGGACACUCGAUGAACCUCCGAAGGGCACCAAAUCAUCAACAUAACACCACCAUUUGUAACACACUUAGCAACGAAGUAUUUUUGUCACAUAAUUAUAAAUAUUUUUUACAUUAUUAAUUUCAUGAGAGUUGCACUAAAUAGCUAGUUUGUCAUUGUGGUGUAAAUGACGAAUGAGGGAUCUGGAUUUACAAGUACUGUGCAAUAUGUUGUUACAGAGUAGCAAACACUGUAAUUAAAUUUGAGAUAAUCAUUAUUCAAUUCUUAGGAGUAUGUGACAAAUUUUCGACCAAAAUGAUCUGAUGACUAAUUUUUGUUGUGUAAAAUAAGAUUAGAACUAAUUUUAUAUUUUUACAUACACAUGGAGUAUUUAUGUACCAUAUGUAAAAAAACAGCAGUUUUGUAUAAAGGGAUGGCUACAAUCUAUGUAUAAAGUUAUUGAAUAAUCAUUAUUACUGUACAAGUUUCAAUGAAUAUGACAGAAUGACACAGCCUUGUCUGACUAGAUUAGAAAUAGAAUCCUAUUUAUAUUGAAAGAUGAUUUAGAUUUGAUACACAUAAUAAAUGUAAGACUAUAUGAAUUACUAGGCAUAGUCCAAUAACAUGUCUUAACUAAAAUACUCAAAUAUGAAUUAAUGAUUUGUGUAAUCAAAUCAGAAUCAGCUAUUAAGUACUGCUGAAU